UGAACUACUUGUGUUCAAUUAUCAAUACUUCAUCUACUCGCUCUUUCCUUUUCCCACGAACGAACGAACGAGAAACGGAAUCGAAUGAAUACGGCCUAUUUUCCAUCCAGCAUCUCCAGCAUUCAUCUAAAGCGGACGCACACCGAAGCAAAUCAUGGUUUCACAACCAAUCUGGUAAGCGGAAACGCAAUCACAGCACACAACCACCCCUCUGUUACAGCCGCCGCAGAAUUCCCGCCUCUUCCUAGAAUUUCUGGGGAGUUUCUUCUUCAAGUGUACACACACAAGUCUCUUCGACGCUCAGAAGAUGUUACUCCCGAGGAAUUUGAGGACAGCGAGAGGCUGGCAGUGCUGGGCGAAAAGGUGUUGAGUGCUGCGGUUACGUCCCUGCUGUUCAGCAAGCGUCCGAUGAAAGGUAGCGCGGAGAUACUGCAAUCAGCGAAAUAUAUCUUAAGCGAUUCACGAAUUGAUAAAUGGGUCACGGCUUAUAAACUGAGGGAAAAAGUGAGAUGUACUCCGGAAGCAUUCAAAAAGUUGAAAACGCCCGAGGAGACCAGGUUAUUAUUUUAUGCCUUUGUAGGAGGUUUAUAUGUCGGAAGUGGACUGGAUGCUGUAUGUGACUGGCUGGAUCUGCUCACCGGUUCGAGCAACGAUAUUGGCAGUGGUGGCGCUAUGCACACCCCAGCUAUAGAUCCCUCCGGUCCACCUCCGACAUAUCGACCCUCGACAUCACCACCACAGAAGCGAAUGAGACAAGAGCCGCUCUCACCGCAGUCCACUUUUACAGCACCUUCCGGUUCUAAUUCAGGGAUAUUCUUUGCUUCGCAGCCCCCGGACUCUCCUUCUAGAGCAACUUCUAACUCUAUGGCUGCAUAUAAUAAUCACUAUGGCGGAGCGACUACCGUUACCGCCGCUUCAUCCCAGCCCCAGCUCCAACCUCAUCACCCACCUGCUCAACCGCAUUACCAAAGCUACCACCAACAUCCGAAUGUCAAUCAGAGCUUCUCACCACAGGCUUACAUGUCACCACCGGCAGUGCAGAGAAAUCCAAAUCCUCCCUUCAAUCCUCUUUCCCCGGCCCAACCCCACCUUGCAUUCCUGCCAUUGUUCAAUCAAACGGCCGCUCAGCGGAAAGUGAAGGUAGAUUAUCAAGCACAAUUCUCUGGACCUUCACAUGCUGGGAAAUGGUCAGUUCAAUGUGUUGUGAAUGGCAUACCCAAGGGAAUGGGCUCGGGAGGUACUAAACAAGUCGCUAAAGAAGAGGCAGCUCGACAGGCUUACUAUGCUAUGGGAUGGACUUAGGAAGUAGGGACCAUGUAUGUAUUUUGAGGAUUUUGUUGUUGUGAUCGAGCAAUGCAGGCCGUAAUACUGUAAGGGUGAGGCCUGGGGUAUGGAACAUAAGGCAAGAACGUAAGGGCUCAAGCUCAAGAGCCAUUGGUCAAUCAUACCCCUUUCCAC